AUGGCGAUGUCUCGACACCUUUCAAAAACUGUUGCCCGCGCCGCAUCGACAUCUAGUGCGGCCCAAACAACUAAAGCCGCCGGCGAUAUUUCAUCAGUUUUCCCCAGUUUAAGACCCGACUACCAACCGGAGCCUCUACCCCCGCGUUUUCGUGAUCUGAAGACAAGGUUGUUCGAGAAAAAUGAAAAGGCUUUGACCGAGAGCUGGCAGCGGCUCUUGCCUAGCCUCGAAGAAGAGGUCGACAAGAUCAAGACCAAAGGCAGCGACAUUAUCCCAUCGGUAGAAUAUGCCGAUGUUGUGGCAGGCAAAGUGCCUGAAGCUACGAUGAAAGAAAUCCGUCACCGUGGCACUGUGGUUAUUCGCAAUGUCGUACCCCGGAAAGAGGCGCGUGACUAUAAGAACCGCAUCCAAGAGUACGUCGCAGCCAACAAGGACCGCGUGAAGGCUUUCCCAGCCGAGUCUCCAGCCGUCUACGAAUUGUACUGGACCCCAUCGCAGGCGGAGGCUCGCGCGCAUCCCAACGUGCUGGAUUCGCAGCGUUUCCUGCAACGCCUGUGGCACUCAUCGGACCCGAAAACAAAGGUCUCAACAUCCAAUCCACUCACUUACGGAGAUCGCCUGCGAAUUCGCGACCCUGGUGAUGCCAAGUUCACGCUCGGUCCUCAUAUCGACGGUGGCUCGCUGGAGCGCUGGGAAGAUCCAGAAUACUCAAGUGUAUACAAACAGAUUCUUGAGGGCAACUGGGAAGCCUAUGAUCCAUGGGACGCGAAGCACCGCUUGGGUGCCAAGAUGGACCUGUACAACGGUGCGGGUGCCUGCUCGAUGUUGCGUUUCUUCCAGGGUUGGCUAUCCAUGUCCGAGACGGCCCCCGGCGAAGGUUCACUACAUGUUUGCCCCAUGAUCCGACACAGCACCGCAUACACUAUCCUGCGACCAUUCUUCGAUGUGCAAACCCAACAACCCAACCUAGACAACACUUUCCCCGGUUCUGUUCCGGGCGCUUGCCAGGAGUACAACCCAGUGACACAUCCCCAGCUUGAGCUGGAAUCGACUAUGGUCCCCGUUCCGAAGGUCGAGCCCGGUGAUUUUGUCGCUUGGCACUGUGAUAUGCUACACUCAGUGGACAAGGAACAUCGCGGGGCAGGUGACUCUAGUGUUCUCUACAUCCCAGCUACUCCUCUGUGUGACAUGAACAUCGAUUACCUGAAGAAGCAGCGCCAAGCAGCUCUUGACUACUCUCCUCCCUGGGACUUCCCCGGAGCUGGCGGCGCCGGCGAGAGAGGAUUUAACGGUGCUCUGCAGUGGUCAUCGUUGAAUGCUGAGGGGCAGCGUGCGAUGGGACUUGGUAGCAAGCCCUGGGAGAUUACCGAUUCUAUGAGCGAGGGUGAAAAGGAGGCUGUGCGUUCUGCCAACCAGGCUUGCUUUGGUUUGUAA